AUGGAUGAAGAGCCCUCGAUCGCAAAGGAUGAUUUAAGACAAAUAUUUCACCAAGCAAUUACAGCUGUUAUGCCAUCAUACACACCUAAUUCAGAAAAAUACAAAAAGCUUCAGAGUUUGCCAUUAAAGUUUGAUGAUGCUUUCGAAGGAGUACGUAGUCUUCGGGAUUUUGAGGCUGCUCAGAAGGAUUUAUCCAUCGAGAUUGAAACUAAUUUGCGAGUAUUAAAAGGGAACCUUAAAAAAAGUGAAGAACGGUUCUCAGUAGUAAAUCAAAGGAGGUUAAACAAUUACAAAGAAGAAUAUGAGUCUUUUAUG